AUGCUCGCCCAGCGCAUUUCCAGCGUCAACGCCCUGUCGGCCCUUUGCGAGGCCACCGGGGCCGACGUCGACGAGGUGGCCUUCGCCGUCGGGACCGACACCCGCAUCGGGGCCAAGUUCCUCAAGGCCUCGGUCGGCUUCGGGGGGUCCUGCUUCCAGAAGGACAUCCUCAACCUGGUGUACCUGUGCGAGUCGCUGCACCUGCCGGAGGUGGCCAACUACUGGCGCCAGGUGAUCAUCAUGAAUGACUAUCAGAAGCGGCGCUUCGUCGGGCGCCUGCUGCAGUCGCUCUUCAACACGGUGUCCGGCAAGCGCAUCGCCGUCUUCGGGUUCGCCUUCAAGAAGGACACCGGCGACACCCGCGAGACCCCGGCCAUCGAUGUGUGCAGCGCCCUGCUGCACGAGGGCGCCGAGGUGGCCGUCUACGACCCGAAGGUCAGCACCAAGCAGAUGAUCUACGACCUGACCCAGGCCGGGCACAGCAGCGAGAGCAUCGCCGAGGGCUUCUCCGCCCAUGAGGAUGCCUACUCCGCCGCGGCCGGGGCCGACGCCGUGGUUAUCAUCACCGAGUGGGACGAGUUCACCCAGCUGGACUACAACCGCAUCUAUGCGUCCAUGCGCAAGCCGGCGGUCCUCUUCGACGGCCGCCUCGUCCUCAACCACGCCACCCUGCGCGACAUCGGCUUCAAGGUCCUGGCCAUCGGCAAGGUCGUCAGCACCGACGCCGAGAACCUGGUCUUCUGA